AUGUCGUUAGACCUACGUGAAGUGGAGGAAGAAGCCAAGUGGGACGAGGAGUACCGGCUCUUGAAGGAAUGUGUGGCCAAUGAUGGGUGGACUGAGUGCAAGGACUGGGAGCCGCCCACCUUCCGUCAGUAUUUCAGGAUGCGGCGCCACCUCUCCUCCCAGGGGAGCAUUGUCCUGUACACCUAUGAUGAGAAACACCCGCGACUGGUCGUGCCUGCAGCCCUCAGACGCACAGUCCUUGCAAACUUGCAUGCGGGACACCAGGGCAGGGACUCCAUGCUACGCAGGGCCAGGCAGUCGGUGUACUGGCCAGGGAUUGACCCAGAUGUGGAGCAGAAGAGGCGCCAAUGUGCAUACCCAUUCCAACAAGUGGUGGCAGACUUGUUUCAACUGGACAGCCACACCUAUAUCGCCUUCGCCGACAGGCUCUCGGGGUGGCUCGAAAUGGAGCAUCUGUCGGGCGAUGCUACCAGCGCACGCCUGAUCACGAUCUUUCGACGAUGGUUCAGGCACUUUGGCAUCCCAGAGGAGCUGUCGUGUGACGGAGGGACAAACCUUACCAGCCAGGAAUCCAGGGGCUUCUUCAACACCUGGCGUGUGCGGUUGAGGAUUUCAUCUACACACUAUACCCAGUCCAACGGCCGCGCAGAGGCGGCAGUCAAGUGUGUGAAGAGACUACUACGCGGCAACACUGCCCAGAACGGCUCCCUGGACACCCACGCCGCUGCAAGGGCCAUCAUGCAGUAUAUCAACACCCCUCAGCAGGGCUCUGAAGCCUCCCCUGCCAACUGCUCAUAG